AUGCUACCAGAAGAAGCGAUUCUUCUGUUCCAAACGACAAGAAUUGGAAGGAAUCCUGACAUGGUUGAUGUAAUUCUGGUUUCGAAAGUGCACAGUAAUAUGAUCUCAAGAGAACACACUACAAUAUUUGUGAGGGUUAAACGAGAGCGAUAUGCUUGUUAUAUCAAAGAUCAUUCCCUCAAUGGUACUUUUGUUAACGAUUUUAGGGUAGUUGGUGAAGUUGAAUUAAAACAAGGAGAUGUGAUCAAAUUUGGACAUGUCAAUGGUGCGGCCAUCAAGCCAGGUUGUUAUGGGCCCCAAACUGCCGCUGAAUUUACAUUUGUUUUUGAGGAAGCGCCAGAACAUCGGAUUACUGAUCGUAGACGUCCAAUUACAAUUGAAGGUCAUAUACGGCAAGAUUCAUCGUUAACAUCACAGUAUUUGCAGGCACCUGCUAAUGAUGGAAUUAAUUUAAUUAGGAGGUCGCGGACGCCCAUUAAUCCCUCGAUCGAGGUUUUUCCUACGUGGCAGAAUCCUAACAGUGCUGGUGCUGCCGCAAAUCCUUAUUAUAAUUUGCAAAGAUUCCCUAAUUAUUAUCAGGCGGCUUUCCCUCAGUUUAAUCCUGCAUAUCUGCAAUCUCUGUGGCCACCAAAUUCUUGGCCAUCGCAGUCAUCAUCUGCUGCUUCUCAACAACUUCAGCAACAUCACCUUCAUCAACAAAAGCGGGCACAAGUUGUCGCUGGAACUGCCGUAACUUUUUUAUUAUUUUCAGCUUUUCUGGAUUUACAAUAUAAUCAGCUACCUAGUAGCGCAUGGAUGAGUGCUAAUCCACAGAUUCCUGCGGCUGCAGCUGCCGCUGAUGAUGCUUCUUUUAUUGAGUCAGCUAGUAAUAGCCAUUUGCGUGCAACAUUACCUCCUCAAGCAUCUUCAUCAAAAAUAGCUUCUAAUAAUCCUACCGUAUUGAGACCUAUCAUUCCUGAACGUUCCGCACCUGUAUCAUUGGUUGAGCAACCGUCACGAAUUGUUACGGGAAAUCUGGAUCCUCAAAGUAGCCAUCUAUUACACCCUUUUGGACAGAAUGUGUCAGCUUCACGUGCUACUCAAAUUGCACCACCUGUGACAGUAGCAGUACCUACACCACCAACGCCUUCACCAGCUCCAGCGCUACCACCAAGAACGGUUCGGCAGCAUCGAUACUAUCCGGUUGAUCCUAAAGUCGUUGAAGCGACAGAAAUAGCAGAUUGCUGUAGAACUCAGGUAAUUGCUACUCCAUCAGCUAUUGAUAGUGUGAAACGAAUGGAAUGUGACAGUUCGGUGCCAAGUCCACCUAAGAACCAACAACAGUCACUGCAACAAAAGACAACAACAGCAGUGUUCGGUGUUGUACCCACCACUGCUGUUGGUAUCUCCCGAACAGCCACACCUCUUUCACACUCCACGUUAUCUUCAUUAACAACACUUCAUGCUCCAGCUCAAGUUCAGGCUCAGGUUCCAGUUCUUUUGCCACCGAAACCUGUAGUAUCUGUCAAUCAGUCUAUGAAGUUCAGUGACGGUGAUCUCUACGAUUCUACACUUGUGACGACUGAGAAUUUCCCUCUGUCAACAGCUACACAACCUGAAUCAAUGCAUGCAGCAGCAUCACCUUUCCAAGUGCCUGGUGUGGAAUUUGCAUCUGCAUCAAUUUCAUUGGAAAAGUCCAUGCAGGAUUUACAUAGAGGCAUGGAUAUUUUUUGUUUUUCAUUUUCAGGAAAUAUCCCACUUUAUAACCACUUGUCGGAUUUAGAAGAGUUGACUGAAGAUUUGCUUGAAGAUUGCGGUCCGCCAAAACGUCCUCCUACACCAACAUCUGUCUCUUCAGAAUUACCAGCUUCAUUGAUGACACUGCAAGAAUCACCUAUGAAAGAGGGAACAAACCUGCAGGAACUUUCGCAUUCGCCACUUCAUCAUUCACCGAAAACGGAAAAUAUGGUAUUCAUUGUCUUAUUUUGUUUGCUAGGCAAAUAUGGAAGAAUGUUUGCAGAAAAUGAGAAUGGUAACUUGGAUUCAACUCUUUGCCUUACUCAAGCUCCAGAAAUAGUAGAAGGAAAACCGGAAACUAAAAAACGGCGUAAAAAUAAUGAGGUAGCUAUGUUACUAAAUGAUUUAACGGAAGUAGCUUGGCAUCAUCUAGCUAAGCAGCCUACUAAUAAAAUGGUAGCACCAACACAAACUAGGAGGGUGUGUACUAUUGAGCCUCGUAGUGCUAAUAAUAAUAAUGGUUAUGAAGAAUGUGGAAGCGAAUCUGACCUAGAAGAAGCUAGCGUAAAGAAAGUCCAGAAAAAACUACCAAAGGUCACAGAUGCCAACUUCCCCAAGUUCAAUAAAUCUGGUAGAGGAGGGAAAGGCAGGCGUGGUCGUCCUAGUAAACGUGGACGAGUGUCAAAUAGCGUCAGUAAUGUAAAUUCAGGGAAUAAUAAAGAAGUUAGGAAAAUGAACAAAAAUAAUUCAUUUAGUAACGGUACUGCCAAUUCAGAUUUAGGAGGGGACAAAAAUCAGGAAGAAUAUUGGAAGAAACAACAGUUAUUGCCCGGAAAUCAGACAGGUAUUUCUGCAGCCGAAAAAAUUGAACGAGCCUUAGAUAUGAUGAGGAAGCGAAAACCACGGCCGUAUUCGGAUGAUGAAAGCAGUAGUUGCUCAAUUUCUAGCUCUUCUUCUUCGUCUGUAUGCAGUAGGUGGGGUCCAACUUCAAAGCGCAAAACUUCAAGCCGUCGUGGCGGAAGAAGACCGAGAGGUAGAAUGGGUGCGAAUUCGGCUGCAACCUGUCGUAAAAUAUCGCAGAAAAAACCCCCCAAGAAAACAACAACUGCUCGGAAAAAGACACGUAGGAAGAAGAAAAGAGAAUCAUCGUCCAGCGAAAGUGAGCAGUCGGGUGAAAGUAAUGGUCACAACAGGUCGAAACCUGUGAAUAAAAAGUUGCAGACAGUACCAAGAUUGCCUUUCGAUGAUUGGGCUUUCCAUGAUCCUAAUAAGCAGUGUGGUUCCAGUUCAAACUGUAAAAAACCUCAGACUGAGAAUGUUGUUUGGGUGCAAUGUGAUUACUGUCGCCGUUGGUUUCAUGUAGAAUGUGUUGCGGAUCGUGCUGUAGCAGUCGAUAAUGGUGAUGUUUUUGAUUGUGGUUGUAACGGCCGAAGUAGAUAA